AUGAAUCCAAACACUUGGAGAAUGGCAGAAACUGAAUGGAAAGAUAUAUCUGGAUCAGACCUAUGUGAUCGUUGUGAUGAAGUGAAAAAUAUAAAAAACAAAAAAGUCAAAUGUGGUGCUGAGAUCCAAUGCGCUUGUGGUUUGGGAUAUUAUUGUAAAACUCCUAAUUGUCGUGGUAGUUAUCUUGAUUACUGUGAUAAGGUAGAACAUCGUUUGGUUUGCGGUGUUGUCCAUCCUGAUCAACCAAACCUCCAUCAACCACCUCAAGAUCCUUAUCCUUCUGAUUAUAUGCUUCCAAUGGUAGACUCUGAUUGGUAG